AUGAAGAAGAGCCGCAGUGUGCUGUCGGUGACUGGAGAAGAGGGAAAUGACACUGAUGUACCAGAUGCUGGGGAGAAGGCGGAGUCAUCUCGCUACAGCCGCUCAUACACGUCUGGGGCCACACUGGGGGCUGAGCUGCGCAGGGGGAGGAGCAGGAGACUCUCGCCCAGUCUCCAGGUGCCCUGCUGGCUCCGCCCUCGAGACCGCACCCGCUCACCGGAGGUCCUCAGCGACAUGUCGCGUCCCACCACGCUCCCCCUCCGCAUCCCCCCUCGCAUCUCCAUCACACAAGCAGACACUGACAGUUAUGAAGCGGAGAAUGGUCUGUCCCCGGCUCACACCCCUCUGGGCUCGCAGAGUCCAAGCCUCACCUUGAACACCUCAUUCCCUCAGGGCCAGAGAAGAGAGUCCUUCCUGUACCGCUCUGACUCAGACUACGACAUGUCACCCAAGGCCGUGUCUCGUAACUCUUCCCUUGCAAGUGAAGGGCACACGGCCGAAGACUUCAUCGUCACGCCUUUUGCUCAAGUUCUGGCCAGUCUGCGAUCAGUUCGGAGCAACUUCACCAUCCUUGCCAACGUCUCCACUCCAACUGUCAAGAGGUCUCCUGUGGGGGGAGUGUGUGUCAGUCCGAGGGCUCUAUCGGACCAGCAGUACCAGCAGCUCGCCCAGGACACGCUGGAGGAGCUGGACUGGUGCUUGGACCAGCUGGAGACCAUUCAGACACAUCGUUCUGUCGGGGAAAUGGCCUCAAACAAGUUUAGGAGGAUGCUGAACAGAGAACUCUCACAUCUGUCGGAGAUGAGUCGCUCCGGAAAUCAGGUGUCUGAAUACAUCUCCAGCACAUUUCUGGACAAGCAGAACGAUGUGGAAAUCCCCUCUCCGACUCUCAAAGAGAAAUCCAUGAGUCACAUCAGCGGAGUGAAGAAACUGUCUCACAGCUCCAGCCUCUCCAGCGCGUCACUGCCUCGCUUCGGGGUCAACACAGACCAGGAGGACGAGCUUGCCAAGGAGCUGGAGGACCUGGACAAGUGGAGUUUUAACAUAUUCAGAGUAGCAGAGUUCUCCAACAACAGACCUCUUAGUUGCAUCAUGUACGCCAUCUUCCAGGAGCGGGAGCUGUUGAAGACAUUUCGUAUCCCUGUCGACACUUUUGUCACUUAUGUGAUGACCCUGGAGGACCAUUACCAUGGAAACGUAGCUUACCACAACAGUCUCCAUGCUGCAGAUGUCGCCCAGUCCACACAUGUUCUCCUCUCCACUCCGGCUCUGGAUGCUGUCUUCACUGAUCUGGAGAUCCUUGCUGCUCUGUUCGCUGCAGCUAUUCAUGACGUGGACCACCCCGGGGUCUCCAACCAGUUCCUCAUCAACACCAACUCAGAAUUGGCCCUCAUGUAUAAUGACGAGUCGGUUCUGGAGAACCACCACCUCGCCGUGGGUUUCAAGCUUCUGCACCAGGAGAACUGCGACAUCUUCCAGAACCUCACCAAACGCCAGCGCCAGAGCCUUCGCAAGCUUGUCAUCGAUAUGGUGUUGGCCACAGACAUGUCCAAACACAUGACUCUGCUGGCUGAUUUGAAGACCAUGGUGGAGACCAAGAGGGUGACAAGUUCUGGAGUUUUGCUCCUGGACCACUACACAGAGAGAAUCCAGGUCCUGAGGAACAUGGUGCACUGCGCUGACCUGAGCAACCCCACCAAGGCGCUGCCCUUAUACCGGCAGUGGACGGAGAGGAUCAUGGAGGAGUUCUUUCGGCAGGGUGACAAAGAACGAGAGAGAGGGAUGGAGAUCAGCGCCAUGUGUGACAAGCACACUGCGUCUGUCGAGAAGAGUCAGGUACAAAGCACUGCUCUUCAUUUACUCUCAAAAGACUGA